GAGCUUGGAAUGAUGGAUCAAGCUCGGGCAACAAUCUCGAACUUGCUUGGAGAGCCAUUGUCUUAUUCCCGUUUUAAUCUGACUCAACACGUAGAUAGUGAUAACAGCCAUGUCGAGAUGAAACUAGCUACAGAUGAAGACAGUGUUGACAAUAACAUGGGGCGUAAACCUGCCAAUGCCAGAAAACCAAGAAAGUUUAAUAAACUCUGCUAUGGUGUUAUUGCCGUAAUCCUCUUUUUCUUGAUUGGAUUUAUGAUUGGUUACUUGGGCUUUUGUAAUCGCGUGCAACCGAAAGCAAACUGUGAGGGAUCAGCAGAAGCAGAGUCUGUGGCCCCAACGACAGAGGCUUCAGAAACCAGUAAUAUAGAUGACUUCCCUGUAUCAACUCAUUUAUUCUGGGGAGACCUCAAGAAAAUUUUAUCACAGAAACUGAGUACCACAGAUUUUACCAGCACCGUCAAACUCCUAAAUGAAAAUGUCUAUGUCCCUCGUGAGGCUGGAUCUGUAAAAGAGGAAAACCUGGCACUUUAUAUCGAACGUAAAUUCACUAACCUGAAACUGAGCAAAGUGUGGCGUGACGAACAUUAUGUUAAGAUUCAGGUUCCAAGCAGCAACUCGCAAAACUCAGUGACAAUAGUAGGUGUAAACGAGACCACUAUAUCGCACCUGGAGAAUCCGGAAGCUUAUGUGGCAUACAGUGCAACUGGGAUGGUUACUGGUAAACUGGUUCAUGCUAAUUUUGGGGCUGAGGAAGACUUUAAACAGUUGAACUAUCCUGUGUCUGGAUGUGUCGUGAUUGUUAGAGCAGGCAAAAUCACUUUUGCUGAAAAGGUUGCAAAUGCUGAACGCUUCAAUGCAACUGGGGUCUUGAUCUACAUGGACAGUACCGACUUUCCUAUUCCUGAUGCACAUCUCUCACUCUUUGGACAUGCUCAUCUGGGAACAGGCGACCCUUACACACCUGGAUUCCCUUCCUUCAACCAUACUCAGUUCCCCCCAUCUAAGUCGUCAGGAUUGCCUAAUAUACCUGUACAGACAAUUUCCAGAUAUGCUGCAGAACAACUCUUUAGCUCUGACAAUAUGGAACACAGUUGUCCUCCCUCAUGGCAAGCACAGAGUUCCUGUAAGCAACAGUCUGUGGACGGUAGGAAAGUGAGGCUCGUCGUGAACAAUAUGCUGAAAGAGACAAGAAUUUUGAACAUCUUUGGAGUUAUCAAGGGAUUUGAGGAGCCAGAACACUAUGUUAUACUAGGAGCCCAGCGGGAUAGCUGGGGUCCUGGAGCUGUAAAGUCCAGUGUAGGAACAGCUAUUCUGAUAGAGCUUGCACGGAUUUUUUCAGAUAUGGUCUUAAAUGAUGGAUUUAAACCCAGCAGGAGCAUCGUCUUUGCCAGCUGGAGUGCUGGAGACUUUGGAGCUGUGGGUGCCACAGAAUGGCUAGAGGGCUACCUUUCAACGUUGCAUUUGAAAGCUUUCACUUACAUUAACCUUGAUAAAGCUGUUCUUGGUGCCAGCAACUUCAAGGUUUCAGCCAGCCCAAUGUUAUUUUCGCUUAUUGAUAAAAUGAUGCAAGAGGUGUCCCAUCCAGUAACUGAGAACCCUCUCUAUCAGGACAGCAACUGGGUCAACAAAGUUGAGAAGCUUUCUUUUGACGAUGCCGCUUACCCUUUUCUUACAUAUUCUGGGAUUCCAGCGGUUUCUUUCUCCUUUUUUGAGGAAAAAGCAUAUCCUUAUUUGGGAACUCAAAAGGAUACCUAUGAGAUGCUGAUAGAGAACAUUCCCAAGUUUGACAAAGUGGCCACUGCAGCUAUGGAGGUGGCUGGCCACCUUGUGAUUAAACUUACCCUUGAUCUUGAAUUGAAACUGGACUAUGAGCAGUAUAACAACCAAAUACUUAAAUUUAUGAAGGAUAUAAACCAAUUUAGAAGAGACAUAAAGGACAUGGGUCUGAAUCUGCAGUGGCUGUAUUCUGCUCGUGGGGACUUUACCCGUGCUACUUCCAGGCUAACGACAGAGCUCAACAGGGUUGAGAAAACAAAUAAAUAUAUUAUGAAGGAACUGAAUGAACAGAUCAUGAAAGUGGAGUAUCACUUUCUCUCCCCCUACGUGUCUCCCAAGGAUUCCCCAUUCCGACAUAUCUUCUGGGGCUCUGGCUCACACACCCUGUCAGCUAUAUUGGACCACUUGCGGCUGCGUCGGAAAGACAGAAAUGCUUUUAAUGAAACACUCUUGAGGAACCAGUUAGCUCUGGCUACUUGGACUAUUCAGGGUGCUGCAAAUGCGAUCGUUGAGAACAUCUGGGACAUUGACAAUGAGUUUUAG